UACGCACAGUUGCGGCUCGAACGCCGUCCCAUGCGAACGUGUUAUUCUCGACGGUUCGUGUAUUCCUUUUUUUUUUUUUUUUCUAGCGUCGUGCAUAAUGUCCACGACCAGUUCGCAUUCUGAUCGGGAUUUCGGAGAGACAUGAUCAAGAGACAUUGCGUUCCGCCACGGGGAAACUGGACUUUCUUUCGCAAUCGGCGGCAAUUGAGGUUAAGUUUUCGAAAGAAACAUGACUGAGAAGUAGUGUUCAUUGAACGAUGUACGUUUAACAACCGUGAGAUCGUUUUUUAAGAUUAAGAUCCGUUAUCGAUCGUUCGGAGUGAUUUUUUUAACGAUGACAUUGAAACUUUCCGAGCUCGACGAGAGCUUGAUCGAUCAAGCCGAUUAAGAACCGAAGGAUCGACGAUUGAUUCUGAUUUAGUGACAAUUUUCGCUUAAUCGAGAACACGUACUGUUAAACUCUUUCACGAAGGUUGACGAAAAUUACUGCAGUGUUUUGGAAACGAUUUUUACCAGUGCGGAUGCUAAUAUAGUGUUUCUAUAUAAACUGUAUGGUGAACUUUUGCUGCGAAAAGAAAAGAAAGUAAUCGUAAUAUAUAAUAGAUAGAAACUGAAAUUUUGUACUAUUGCAACGUAAGUCCCGCAUACACGGUCUGUUUUCACUGAAUUUCCAUACAUACUGUUGCAAACACGUGCGUCCAGAAGCGUUCUUUGCAAUCUAGUCGUAAGUGCACGCAGUCGAAUUGCCCGACUAGUUUACUGAUCCAAUCGGUUUUGUCAUUCGAAUAUUAAAAUAUAUUUCUAACGACGACGCGAUAGAAACAGAAAUCUUCCGUUGUAAGACUAUAAUCGAAUGUAAUUCAAUUCAAAGAAAAUCUGAAACCAAAGUGUAUACCCUUUAUUAGAAUGUGCAUCUACGGCAUUGACAUUGUUGACAUUAAAAAUUAUCGGAUAGAUUUAAACAUUACAUUUAGAACAUGAAUCGAUAUUGUGAUUCGAUCAUUACGAAGUAUUAUUCAUAUUUACAAGGCACAUAGCGGUGUAAUAGAAGGUGUAAUAGAAAUCGUAAUUCAAAUUGUAAUUAAACCUGAGAACGGGCAUCGAUCAGUGAAAAUAAUCGAAGCGAUAAAUGUCAGUGAAAAAUUGAAAAUGGCGGCGACUUCCGAGUCCCAGGAUAAUUAUUGAGGAACUCUUUACAAGGGAAUGGAUUUUCAGAGCGCUAUGGACACGUUUGUAGAGGCAUGGAUGGCUGCAAAUACGAAACCAGAUCAAGUACAGAGCCAAGCUUUGGCAUUGACACACAAGGCCUCUCCACCUUCGAGGCCAAGCAGUGUGUCCUCGUUACCGAGGAGUCCUCAGUCUCACCAGUCCCAACAGUCUCAGCCACAGAAUACUACUCAGCUUCCGCCAGUGCAUCCUCAUCAAUCGCAGACACCCCUAAGUACGCCCCAGACACCGUUUGUUGCGCACAAUCAACACCCCAAGCAAGAAGCAAAUACAAGCCCCAAACAGGAGGGAUUCGAUCUCAGCAAAUCUACUCCCAGCACUGGGAAAAAUCUUCCAGUGCAUUGUGUGGUCGAAACGAUUCACAAUAUCGUAGAAACACAUGUAAGCAACUCUCGUGAAAAUUGGCGAAGACCUCAAGUAGAAACGGAUUCCUAUGUUAUCAUCCCUGUGGCUAUGCCAUUUCAAGAUUUAGUAGGUGAAGCAUUGGUACGUCUUGGUUAUUCAAGCGACCUGAUACCAAGUGCUAGGGGAAGCAUCGUCAUAAGAAACUGGAAACCUCUCCCGAUGGAGAAAGUCGCGGACGGUCCUCUGUUAACAGUUGGUGAUAUUUUAGCUGAGUUAACAUCGGUUGCCACUUUGAAGAUUCAAGUAUACAGAUCGAGACCACCACCACCUAGUCCAGCAGCCGAAGUUAGAAACAAAUUGUUGAGAUUAUUGUUACUCCAUAGUCAUGCACUUCUCGUCUCAGCUGGUUGCCCUUUAGAUGAGAUGACAUUAUUAUCUCUAUGUAGAGGUGGAAAUGAUUUAUCAGAAGAAACUAAACGAAACUUCGAGUCUUGGUUGCAACAGCAACAGUUGGGUUUAGGUUUAAAUCCGAUGGUACCAUCCUCGAACCAUCACACGCAGAGCCCUCAGCCGGAUGGAGCCGGCACUAUUGGAUCGGCAGGUGGUACGAUCGGUCCUCCGCAUCCGGCGUUACUUCAAUACUCGCAUAAAACUAGGAUGAGAACGAGUUUCGAUCCCGAAUUGGAAUUACCGCGGCUUCAGCGAUGGUUCGGUGAGAAUCAACACCCGUCACGUCAACAGAUUCAACACUACGUCUCGGAAUUGAAUGCCCUAGAGUCUCGACGAGGCAGGAAGCCCUUGGACGUAAAUAACGUUGUCUACUGGUUCAAGAAUGCCAGAGCCGCUCAGAAGAGAGCUGAGAACAGGGGUGUCAAUGGUUACAGCCCUCCUGGGCUCAGUCCGAGAGGCGCCAGUAUUGUCAGCGAAGAUUGUACAGACGAGGAAGAGGAUUCAAGGAAUCAGUCGACAUCACCUUCUCCCUGUCCACCUGGAAGCCCGCCGGUCGGUCCAUUGUCACUUACAACCAGACCUGAGGAUCAACAACCUCCACCUUCAACACCAUCCUCAGUGAAACAAGAAGAUGCCAGGGUAUCCUCUGGUUCCGAAGACGACGAGACAAGACCGACUGGUCCAUUGCCGCCUGGAUUUUCUCUGGUUCCUAGUUCAAUGUUUGGCCAUGGAAUAAUGUAUAUGUCACCUUAUCUGCCACCACGUGGACCAGCUGGUUGUUCGACCAGUAUGUUGGACGAGAGGAGGAAGAGGAACCGGACGUUCAUCGAUCCCGUAACGGAAGUGCCGAGACUCGAAGCUUGGUUCACUCACAAUACUCAUCCCAGUCACGCGUUGAUUCUGAAAUAUACGGAGGAACUGAAUCGGAUGCCGUAUCGACAGAAGUUCCCGCGACUGGAACCAAAAAAUGUACAAUUUUGGUUCAAGAAUCGCCGGGCCAAGUGCAAACGUUUGAAAAUGGCCCUAUUCGAGGGUGAAUCACCGCAAUCGCACCCGUACCACGCAGACUAGCUCGUCCCCUCAUGUAACGUAACGUAGGAACAACCAAGAUGUCCCAAGAUGACACGAUCAUUUAUGUAUCGUAAAAUGGAAGGAGGGAAAGGAGAACGGAAAAAACAUCGUUAAUCAACCUGUUAUUCUUUAAUAUCGUUGACUCGUGACCAUAUUCGCCGGUCGCACUUUUGUUGUAAUUAUCGCGUAAUAAUUAAUAUAAUUACUAUGGACUUUAAUAAGUGUACAUAUGAGAAUACUGUCGAAUAAAAGCUAUACGUCAUGA